GUAUGGUGAAUGCGGGGUCCGGUGAGACUGAAUAUAGUGAAUGCGGGGUCCGGGGAGAGCGGAUAUAGUGAAUGUGGGGUCCGGGGAGAGCGGAUAUAGUGAAUGCGGGGGCCGGGGAGACUGAAUAUAGUGAAUGUGGGGUCCGGGGAGAGCGGAUAUAGUGAAUGCAGGGGUCCGGGGAGAGCGGAUAUAGUGAAUGCGGGGUCCGGGGAGAGCGGAUAUAGUGAAUGCGGGGUCCGGGGAGAGCGGAUAUAGUGAAUGCGGGGUCCGGGGAGA